AUGAUUCUUGGAAGCAGAAAGGCAUCCUGGGCCUAUGCCCAGCGCAAAAGCCCCCUCGGCUCGGCCCAGGAAAAAGGCACGAGGAGAGACACUGGGAGCGAAAAGUUCGGGGCACAGCCCCGCGGGCAGCGUCCCCACCAGCUUCUCUUCCCAGCUCUGCGUGGGCACAAGACGGCUGAUCCCCGAGGACGGCCAGAAGGACCUGUUGAGGCAGCGGAGGCCUCGCCACCCGCUCGCUUGCAGCCCCGCGAGAGCGACGGACACCCGUCUCGGGUCUCAGGAGCGUUCGCUUCCAUUGCUCCCCCUCCGCCCCGCUACACGUUCCGCGCAAAGGCCCCAGGGCCUGGCCAAGCGGGAGGCGCGGGGACCCGGCGGGAGGAGCUCACAAGACUCCGCGGCUUCCCGGCGCCAGCAGGCCGCGCGCGGUUCUCCGCGGCCUUCACGCCGGCCUGCUCCUCACCGCAGCCUGAGGUAAAAGGUGCUGGACAGAGGAAACGCGCCCACCCCUCAGGCCUCGCCGGCCCGGGGCAGUCCCUGGGGCCGCCGCCCGCCCGCCAGCCCGGCCGCCCCGGGAACUGCCACAGCACAGGCCGCGCCACCGCCGCGGAUGCCGCCGCCCUCCCGCCGCCCGGCCGCCCCGCCGCCGCCGAGCUUUCCCCACCAUUAUGCUCCGCUCCGCCGCCGCCGCCGCCGCCGCCGCUGCCGCCGCGCCCGGCCCUCCCUCCGGAGCCGCCUCCUUCCCGCCGCCCGGCGCCUCUCGGGCCUCAGCCGGCGACGGGCGCUGGGGGCGGGGGGGACGCAGCGCGGAGGGCUCGGGGCUCGAGGGGCGCCAUGUUGGCGGCGGCUUCCACCACAGAAAAUGCCUCCGCGCGCGCCGGGGCGAAGCCGGGCGAGGCGGCCCGGGCGCCGCGCGCCGGCUGGAGGCCUGGCCCGCCGCGCGCGCUCGCUCGCUCGCUCGCUCACUCACCGCGUCUCCUCAGCCCGACGGCGGCGCGGGGCCUGCGGGGCUGCAGAGGACGCCUCGGGGGCAAAGUUGGCAUCCCCCCCCCCAAGAGGCGGUUCACGCGGCGCGGGCGCGGCGGCCGGCCCCGCUCGCGGCCUCCUCGGAGUUCAUUGUGUGCGCUUGAGUGUUUCCCCGCGCGGGGCCGGGCCGGGCGAGCGCGGGGCCUGGGCCGAGCCGCGCACGGGGGGCUCUAG